GACUGUUGCUGUUGCAAGCAAAAGCUGAGCUGUGUUUUUUGGCGUGAGCUGCCUGCUGCUGCUGCUGCGCGCAGCUAUCAAUCUUUCCUGCUCCCCACCCCUCCCCGGAUCUCAGAAAGAAUGAGGAUCUCAAACUUGGUGCUUUGCAAAGGCUCCAGAAAGGGAAUCUGGAGGAGUUGCUCCUGCCGCCGCCGCCGCCGCCGCUGCUGUUCCUCUUCCUGCUGCUUGUAGGUUCAGACAUCUUAGAAAAAGAGGAGAGAUUUCCGGGCACUCGGAGCAAGAGACACCCGGACUCGCUCGCUCCGCUUUUGGAUUUACAAAACACGCCAGGCAGAUGGGGAAGGAGGAGAACCAGAGGCGCCUUUUGCUCUUCCUCCCGGGAUUGAUUUAAGGAAUAUAUUUUAAUCGCUGUUUAUCGGAUUUGCUUUCUUCCUCGCUGUUUUUAAAAAUAUUAUCUUAAACAUUUUUUGUAUUGCAACCUCGGAGGACCCCCCCCCUUUCAAGCUUUCUACUUCGCUGAUCUUUCUGAAACUGGAGCGAGAGAGGAAUUUGAAAACAACACACACACACAAAAGGGAUUAACAGUUAAAAAGCAGCGAUGGAGGGAAAAGCAGCUGGUUUUGCAAGAAGUCGCAGCAUGAGUCGUCCAACACGUGCGUAAUGAGGAGGAAAUCUAGGAUUCUUUAGUGCUUCGCAUCACAGAUUCUGGGGAUCUCUCUCUAUAUAUCUACACAAGAAAAAGUGAGAGCCCUCUGGACUUCUUCCACAAUGUCUGGAUCUACCCAACCUGUGGCGCAGACGUGGCGAGGGAGUGAACCCCGUUAUCCUCCUCAUGCCAUGUCCUACCCGGUAGCCAUAAGUCAACAGCAUGUGGAUGUGGGACUCUUGGAGUGUCAGCACCAUUCCAGGGACUACCCUUCUCACUUCCCCCCUGGGUCUAUCUUGCAGCCGCAGCGGAGGAGGCCGUCCUUACUAUCAGAGUUCCAGCCAGGGAAUGAAAGGUCGCAGGAGUUGCACGCCCGAGCUGAGUCACAUUCCUACCUCUCUGACCUGAGCAAACAGUCGGAAAUUGAGUUCAUUGAGACGAAACGGCCCCGGCUGGAGCUGCUGCAAGAGCCUUUGCUGAGACAUUCACCUCUGCUCAGUCAGCAGGGAGGGACGGAGGAUCUCUCCAAGGAUCGGGGCCUAACGGGAAAACUGGAGCCGGUUUCACCAGCCAGCCCUGUCCAUCCUGACUCUGAACUGGAUCUGUUGCCAUCCAGGCUGUCUAAGGAGGAGCUGAUCCAGAACAUGGACCGUGUUGACCGUGAAAUCACCAUGGUUGAGCAGCAGAUUUCCAAGUUGAAGAAAAAACAGCAGCAGCUGGAGGAGGAAGCAGCAAAGCCACUGGAGCCAGAGAAGCCCAUCUCCCCUCCACCUAUUGAGUCCAAGCAUCGCAGCCUGGUCCAAAUAAUCUAUGAUGAGAAUCGGAAAAAAGCAGAAGCAGCACACAGAAUUCUGGAAGGGCUGGGACCUCAGGUGGAGUUGCCACUCUACAACCAACCUUCAGACACAAGGCAAUACCAUGAGAACAUUAAAAUAAACCAGGCAAUGCGGAAGAAGUUGAUCUUAUACUUCAAGAGGAGAAAUCAUGCUCGCAAGCAGUGGGAACAGAAAUUUUGCCAGCGCUAUGACCAGCUUAUGGAAGCCUGGGAAAAGAAAGUGGAGCGCAUAGAAAACAACCCCCGGCGCCGAGCAAAGGAAAGCAAAGUACGUGAAUAUUAUGAGAAGCAGUUCCCAGAGAUCAGGAAACAGAGGGAACUCCAAGAGCGCAUGCAGAGCAGGGUAGGACAGAGGGGCAGUGGCCUCUCCAUGUCUGCGGCACGCAGCGAACACGAGGUGUCAGAAAUUAUUGAUGGGCUCUCGGAACAAGAGAAUCUGGAGAAACAGAUGCGCCAGCUUGCUGUCAUCCCUCCAAUGCUGUACGAUGCUGAGCAGCAACGCAUCAAGUUCAUUAACAUGAAUGGCCUCAUGGACGACCCCAUGAAGGUGUACAAAGAUCGGCAGGUGAUGAACAUGUGGAGCGAGCAGGAGAAAGAAACCUUCCGAGAAAAGUUCAUGCAGCAUCCGAAGAAUUUUGGCCUCAUUGCUUCCUUUUUGGACCGGAAAACGGUGGCCGACUGCGUCCUUUACUAUUACCUGACCAAGAAGAAUGAGAACUAUAAGAACCUCGUGAGAAGGAACUACCGGAGGCGUGGAAAGAACCAGCAGCAGCAGCAACAGCAGCAGCAGCAGCAGCAACAACAGAUGCCCCGUAGCAGCCAAGACGAGAAAGAUGAAAAAGAAAAGGAGAAAGACACAGAGAAGGAGGAAGAGAAGCCAGAAGCAGAAAACGACAAAGAGGAACUGACAAAGGAGAAGAACGAGGAUACGUCUGGCGAGGACAAUGACGAGAAAGAAGCCGUUGCUUCUAAAGGGCGCAAAACCGCCAACAGCCAGGGCCGGCGCAAGGGCCGCAUCACCCGCUCCAUGGCCAGCGAAGCCAACAGCGAGGAAGUGGUUGCUCCCCAGCAGAAUGCAGAACUGGCCUCUCUGGAGAUGAAUGAAAGUUCUCGUUGGACAGAGGAGGAGAUGGAAACGGCUAAAAAAGGUCUCCUUGAACAUGGACGUAACUGGUCAGCCAUUUCCAGGAUGGUGGGAUCCAAGAGUGUCUCCCAGUGUAAAAAUUUCUACUUCAACUACAAGAAGAGACAGAACCUGGAUGAGAUCCUGCAGCAGCACAAACUGAAAAUGGAGAAAGAAAGGAAUGCUAGGAGAAAAAAGAAAAAAGCCCCCACCGUCCAAAACGAGGAAACGGCCUUCCCUCCAGCAGCCGAAGACGAGGAGAUGGGGCAAGAUGGGUCAGGCACCAGUGGCAAUGAGGAGGAGAUGGCUGAGGAUGCAGAAGUUGCAGUGAAUAACAGCUCAGACACAGAGAGCCUCCCUUCUCCAAGACCAGAAGCCAAAGAGAGCACAGAGAAUGGACCCAAACCAGCCCCAGACACCAGAAGCAGUGCUGGAGAAGAACCGGCUGUUAAGAUGGAGGAAACCGCUAGCUCCCCAGAAGCAAAUCCUGCCACCAUCCAAGCAGUGGAGGAGGAGGCCCCUGAACCAACUUGCACUGAAGAGAAGCCACAAGAGGAGCAAACAGUUGAUGUGGUGAAAACGGAGGAGGCCGAGGAAAAGCCCAAGAGCCCAGAACCCAGCAGGGGUGAAAUAAAAAUGGAGAAGGGAGAGGUCUGCCAGGAGAAGGACAGUGACCAGGUCACAGAAAACAGCAGCAGCAGUGGCAGCACCAGCACCAGUGUUGUGACAGGGGCUGAGGGAGCACCCAAAGCAGAAAAGAAGGAGAACCACAAAGCUGGGAAGGGAGCAAAUCCUGACAGCGACUCCAGUGCCACGUGCAGUGCUGAUGAGAUGGACGAGCAGGAUGCUGGUGACAAAAGCAAGCUGAUCUCUUCCCGGCCCAGCCUCCUCAACGCAACUAAUGACACCCGGCUCAGCUCCUCGCCUCAGAAGCCGCUGGACUUGAAACAGCUGAAGCAAAGAGCUGCUGCCAUUCCGCCCAUUAUUUCAGAAGGUUUACAGGAGGGAGUUCUGCAGAGCGGAAGCCUGAAGUCUCAGGUGCCUCAUCACGCUUUGGCCCUUUACCAGCAGCAAAUCACCAUGGUCCACGAAUCUGCCCACGAGGACUCUGCACAGAGUAAGCAGCUGCAGCUGCAGCCAGCUGAAAAGGACCCCCCGCUGAGCAGCAGUCCCAGGGCCCAGAGCAGGAGCCCAGCUGUGGUUGAUAAAGAAGAGAAACCAGUGCAUUUCACCUCCCUCCCGGAGGGGCCAAAGCUGGUUGGAGAGCCCUCCAUCACAACCUGCUGGCCUCCGGUGCUUCCCUACCAAGGUUCAAGGGAUCUGAUCCGAACCUCUCCGCACACUGAGCCUCACGUGUUUCAGUAUAAUCCUCCAGGUCACUCAAUCUCCUUAAACAUGCAUGAAGGUUCUCGGCCGGGCUUCCAGAGAUUGUCCGCCAUCUCCAACCCUCCCCCUCUCAUCUCUACCAAGCAUCCUUCAGUUCUUGAAAGGCCUCUUGGCUCUAUUUCCCAGGGGGUGCCUAUCCAGCUCCACACUCCAUUCAGCUCCGAGCAUGCAAAAGUCCCCAUUGGCUCCAUCGGCAUGGGCCUUCCCCUGACUGUGGACCCCAAGAAGCUGGUGCCUUUCCCCGGAGUGAAGCAGGAGCAGCUCUCUCCGCGGAGCCAGGCUGGCCAACCAGAAAGCUUAGUCGUGCAGACGUCGCAGGAGAACUCCGUCCUUCGGGGAACAUCCCUGGGCUCGUUGUCGGGAGGCAGCAUCACGAAAGGCACCCCAAGCCCACGGCCACCGUCGGAGUCUCCCAUCACGUAUCGAGGAUCCAUCACACACGGUACCCCAGCCGAAGUGCUGUACAAAGGAACCAUUACCAGGAUAAUCGGAGAAGACAGCCCCAGCAGAGCGGAGAAAGUGAGAGAGGACGCCUUGCCCAAGGGACACGUCAUUUACGAGGGGAAGAAGGGACAUGUCCUGACCUACGAUGGUGGUGCUGUUGCACAGUGUCCCAAAGAGAACAGCAGAAACUCUGGAGCCCCACACGAGGCCAUGGGCAUCAAACGGACCUAUGACAUGAUGGAAGGGAGAGGAUCACGGGGUUUAUCUGGGCGUGAGCUUCCAUCUGCUAGCAUCGAAGGUCUAAUGGGACGAGCCAUCCCACCCGACCGCCACAGUCCCCUCAAUUUGAAAGAACCGCAUCACAUCCGGGGCUCCAUCACGCAAGGAAUACCUCGAUCUUACGUGGAAGCCUCCGAGGACUACCUCAGAAGAGAAGCUAAGCAGCUCAAGAGGGAAAGCACACCUCCGAGGGACUUAUCCGAGGCCUACAAGGUCAGGCCUCAUGAGAGCUUUACCCCGUUGAAAAUGAAAGCAGUUCAUGAAGGCCUUGUUGCCACUGUGAAGGAAGCAGGAAGGUCAAUCCAUGAGAUUCCCAGGGAGGAGCUGAGGCGCACGCCUGACAUCUCUCUGAUGACGAGGCCUGUGAAGGAGGGCUCUAUUACCCAGGGAACCCCGCUGAAAUAUGACAGCAACGCUUCGGCAAGUGCCAAAAAGCAUGAUGUCCGUUCCAUUAUUGGAAGCCCGGGGAGGACUUUUCAUCCCCUGCAUUCUCUGGAUGUCAUGCAGGACCCAAGGACUCUGGAAAGAGCUUACGGGGAGAGUUUAAAAAGUGCUUACGAGGAGAGCUUGAAAAGCAGGCCCAGCCCAGUGACAAACUCUGGCGGCUCCAUCACCAGAGGAGCCCCUGUGAUCGUGCCUGAAGCAGGGAAACCUCGCCACAGCCCUCUUGCCUAUGAGGACCACCAGGCAGCCCAUGGGACGGCUUUCAGCAGUCACUUGCACCGAGGGUCCCCAGUCUCCACGAGGGAGCCAAGCGCCCGGCAGCAUGAAGGGAGCAUCGCUGCUGGAAAGCCUGUCUCCCAGGACAGAAAGAUCACCCCGACGCCAAGAGAAAUGGCCAGCUCCAAGUCGCCUCAUGCUACCCUUGCAGACCACCACCCCCCUAUCUCUCCAUAUGAGCACCUGCUCCGGGGAGUGAGUGGUGUGGACUUGUACAGGGGACACAUUCCAUUGGCCUUUGACCCAGCAACUAUUCCCAGAGGAAUCCCCCUGGAAGCAGCAGCCGCUUAUUACUUGCCAAGGCACCUCGCUCCUAGCCCUACGUACCCCCAUCUCUACCCACCAUACCUAAUCCGCGGCUACCCAGAUACGGCUGCCAUGGAGAACAGGCAGACCAUCAUCAACGACUACAUCACCUCCCAGCAGAUGCACCACAAUGCUGCGGCUGCCACUGCAAUGGCCCAGAGGGCAGACCUGCUGCGUGGCCUGUCUCCACGAGAGCCCUCGCUAGCCCUCAAUUAUGCAGCAGCAGGAAUAAUUGACCUGUCUCAAGUGCCACAUUUGCCUGUGCUUGUGCCCCCCACCCCAGGCACUUCUGCCGCCUCCAUUGACCGGAUCACAUACAUCCACAGUGCCCCCCAGGCUUUCACUAGCCGACACAGCAGCUCUCCACUCUCCCCAGGAGGCCACACACACCUGACCAAGCAGACAGGACCUUCAGUUUCUGAAAGGGAGCAAGAACGAGACCGUGAACGGGAGCGUGAGAAGGAGCGCAAGAAGUCGGUCUUAGCAGCCACAACCACUGUGGAGCAUGCCCCCAUCUGGAGACCAGGCACAGACCAAAGCAGCAGUCGGCCGUCAGCACACUCUCACAAUCACAAGCACUCCCCUGUCUCGCCCCGCACCCAGGAGAACAUCCAGCAACGCCCCAGCGUGUUGCAUAACACAAACAUGAAGAUGAUCCCUUCGGAGAACCUUGCCCCCUCAGUUCUGCGAUCCACCUCCUCCUCUGCCACCACCACAUCACCAGUUCGCUCCUCAGGAUACUCCUCGGUAUCAUCACUGCGCAGCUCCGUAGGUGGGUUGGACAGCUAUACCUCUAUGAUGGAUCCUGCCCACAUGCAGAAGGAGGCCUCCAGAGCGCAGGAUGUCAAAGCGGAGCGGCCUCAGGCAGACAGCAACCUGUUCUCCUCCAAACUGCCUGCUGGAGGCGGCCUGGAACAGUCGCCUUCACCCGUUAAAGCCAUGGAGCCCAGGCCUUUGUCCUCCUCUGGGCCAGGUCCAACCCACCUGUAUAGCAGAGGACAGGGGAAAAGCCACCCGCAGCACCACCCGCCCCUGGAGCAGUCGCUGCACGCAGUUUCGGCCAGUGAACAGCCCAGUAGAGAAAAGAGUAAAACCUUUUCAGUACAGGAACAGGAGCUCCGAGCACUCGGUAAGACCACCAUGACAGCGGCCAGCUUCAUAGAUGUGAUUAUCAUGCGUCAAAUUUCUUGCGAUAAGGGGAAGCGAGAGAGAAGCUCGCUAAGUAACGACGCCAAUAGCGAUGGUUUCCAUGGAAGCUACAGCCCUGAUGGCAUAGAAGCAAUAAGUCCCGUGAGCUCACCCAGCACGCUUCAUGAGAAAGGGGCAAAGCCAUCCCAGGAGGCUGAGAAAGGGCGCGGGGCGGAGCAUGACCCGCGGCUGAAGCAGCCAGGUUCUCUUAAGCCUUCCGUAGCAGAAAUCUCACAAAUACAGCAGCUCCACCAGCUCCCUGAAGAUCGGCAGUCUCCAAGCCAGCCAUUCCAAGGGUCGCAGAGCGCCAAAGGCCACCAGCGGGUCGUCACGUUGGCUCAGCAUAUCAAUGAGGUUAUCACCCAAGACUAUACGCGCCAUCAUCCCCAGCAGCUGAACUCCCACAUCCAGACCCCUAUGUACCCCUUCCCAGGGUCUGUGCUGGAUCUUCGGCGAACUCCUAGUGAGGCUUACAUGCAGCAGCAGCAGCAGCAGCAAAUGGAGCACAUCCCUGCUUCAAGAAUCUCCCCCGAAAGUGAAGAAAGCAAGAGGUCUCCCGAGCAGAUCAGAACACCUGCUCCGAACAACUGCAUAGAGCCCGUCUCUCCACCAGAUGGGGUGGGAGAAGCCGAUCACAUGCGAAAUGCCACAUAUCCCAUCCUGUAUCGAGAAGGGGAACAGCUGGAGCAGAGGAUGGGCUCCAAAUCUCCAGGAAACAACGUGCAACCACCAGCCUUCUUCAGCAAACUGACAGAGAGCAAUUCUGCUAUGGUGAAGUCCAAGAAGCAAGAGAUCAUCAAGAAACUGAGCACAAACAGCAGGAGCGAGGCAGAGUACAAUGUCGGGCAGCCUGGAACAGAGAUCUUCAACAUGCCAGCCAUUACUGGAACAGGGUUAAUCAGUUGUAGGAGCCAGUCGGUCCAAGAAAACUCCAGUACCAACAUGGGGUUGGAGGCAAUUAUUAGGAAGGCCCUAAUGGGUAAAUAUGACGAGCAGUGGGACGAGCGCUCUCCUCUCAGUGCCAAUGCUUUUAACCCUCUGAAUGCCAGUGCAAGCUUGCCCGCUGCUAUGCCUGUAACCACUGCUGACGGACGGAUUGACGACAUGCACUCCUCCUUGCCAGGAGGAGGGAAGCCAAAGAUUGCUGCCAGAGCCAACAGCCGCAAGGCCAAGUCGCCAGGACCAGGCCUGUCCUCCUCUGAGAGGCCACCAUCUGUGUCAUCUGUUCAUUCAGAGGGAGACUGUAACAGAAGGACACCUCUCACCAACCGCGUCUGGGAGGACAGGCCGUCAUCUGCAGGUUCAACGCCAUUUCCAUACAACCCGCUGACAAUGAGGCUUCCCACCGGUCUGGUGGCAGCUGCCCCACCACCGCCUGCCUCUGUUCCGCAGGGCAACUCCAGCAGCCAGCACCACGGCUGGGAGGAGGAGCCCAAGCCACUGCUCGUCUCGCAGUACGAGACCCUCUCGGACAGUGAAUGAGGAGGGAGAAGAGGAAGCGAGAUGGAGAAAAAGCCCAGCAACAAAUGGACAGAUAUUGAUAGGUUGGCUGUUGAGUUAGCCCAAGGGCUUGGGGAUUGUGGCUGGCUGUCGCAGAGUGCGGCUGUCCUAGGCCAGGCGCAGGAGCAGCACUGUUCCAGUCAGCUGAUAUUAUUUGUCACAUCUGGAAGGGAGUUGGAAAAAAAAUCUCUUCAGUUUUAAAGCCUUAAAAAAAAAACACCAAGCAAAUGGAACCCAUCCCAAUCCUCUCUCCCAAUUUGGUGCUGAUACCUUGAGCCAUUGCAGCAAGAAAUUAAACCAAGCUAAUGGGGGGCAGCAGUGGGGAGCCCUGAAAGCUCCCCCAAGGGACUGUAACCAGUCGCUGAAUCUCGGUUACUAACACUCAGGGGAUUCCAAUUCUGUCCUUCAGCCCAGAUGAGAGAGGGGGAGCGGGGGGCCCAUUGGGAGAAGGUAGCGUGUGCUGCUUGCGUGUUCCCACCUCUGUGACCCAUCUUUCCUCUGCACACUGUAGUGGCCUGUUAAUCCAGUACUUGAAAAUAGGAUUCAUUCAGCCGCCCCUUCCUUCAACCUGCCUCUUUUUUUACCUUCACGAGGGGUUUCACCCAUGGAGUCACAUGUUGGUCGUGUAAGGAGACAAAUCAGAGCAGCCCUCUGGAAGAAAGUGUUGGUUUCUUCUGUUUCUCACAGUUAAAUAAGUUUGUUCUCUGCCCCCAUAGAGAUAUAUGGAGGGGAGCUUCACCUGAACUUUCAACAAAUACAGAUUCAGGCAGCAAUGCUCUGGAUGUAGGAGCCAGAGGACAAGCCAAAAACAGGAAAAGAAAAGGAAUGAUUCCUUUGGAGAAAGGAAUGCUGGGUUUGCAUUGUAAUUGAAACAAAUUCCUCUAUAUUGGCAUUAGCUGCAGAUAGAGAGGGGGAGAGGGGGGAGCAGCUGUUUUGAAUAUGUUGUUUCUUCAAAACAACGCUGUGUAUAUGGUCUACAGGGUAUAUUUUUGAUACCUUUGGCAAAUGGUGUGUUUGCGCAAGGAAGGACGUUAAAAACAGUGUUAUAUGCUGCUUUUCGGUCUCUGCUCCUGUACAAAGAGGAUUUCUAUGUUG